AUUUAUGGUGGGUCUUGCUACAGCAUACUUUGUGCCCGAUUGCAGAAUCUAAUUAACCUUCGUCUUAACUGAAAUUCAUUUUUUUUAUUUUUGAGAGGUGCGCGUCGCUUUACACCAGCUCAAAGAUUUUUGCGAGGAGAUAUAGGGCUUUAUGAAAAGGUAGAAUGUAUUUUCGUGUCAUAACAUCUAAACUGAGCCUAUCUUACUGCUCAGACUAGAACAAGAAUUGUGACAGACCGAUGGUCACUUAAUACCCAAACGAGGUAGCCUCUCUUUCAAGGAAAAUUUAGCGAUGUAGCUUAUACGACAAAUUAUACGAAUGUUUUUAUGACACCGUCGUUGAAGUUGUAGGCUCGCGUUGAUGGGGCGGAGGCGUAAUCGCAUGGGUGAUGCUGUUUUUUGUCAUUAACUGACAAAGUAGCUGCAGCAACAUGUCUUUUGAUUUGCCUGGGGCACGCUGUUUCAGAAAUGUCGAGCCGACAUAUAUAUCCACCGACCUCGUUGUACCUGGAAAACCCCGCAGAAUGACACUCCCUGCAAUUGGGAGGCAUGAAGUAAACAAUGCAGCAAAUUUUAAGUGGGGUAAUGAAGUACCCUAUGAUGCCUACCGUGUAUUGAGAUAUACCCAGAAUAUGCCAAAGUCACAGACUAAAAAUGAUCCAAGCCAUGGUCAUUUUGGAACUAAAGUCGUUCAGAUGAACGCUGUUGAGCAGCCGUAUGAAGUGACCCAGCUGAAGCUAAGUGACUGCAGGUUGAACGAUCAAAGACUUCCUCCUGUCAACGAUGAACUGAUUCCAAAAAGCAAGAUCCCCUAUUUGGAAGCUCUUGACCGCGUGCAGCCAUACUUCUCCCACAGAUCGAAAUUCGAAGUCUUUCCUUCAACCGAUUGUGCUACAACCGCAACAAAUAUUUCAGAAAAAUUGAAAGGAAAUUUAAACUCUUCAACUCACGGAGGCGACAAACCUAGCCCAGGGAUGAAGUCUCUAGCAGUUUCAUCUCGGACUUUGGAGUCUCUUAGUCUAGUAAACAAAAAUAUUUAUGGAACUACGACAUACAUGUGUAGCUACCAGAAUCCAUCUUGCGUCAAAAAAUCUAACUUGAAAAGAAAAUCGUAUCGGAAGGCGGCGCCAAAGCAUGUGACCUUUAACUUAGACGUGCAAUGCUAUGGUAAUGGCAGCCCCUCCGCAGAAGAGCAAAUGAGUUCUAUUAGAGAGAAAUGUUCACCGCCACCACUGGAUGAAAACAGAGAGUUCUUCUCCGGCACUACCAAAGACAUAGAUGGGUUAGAGGAGGAGAAAAUUUGUCGCUUUUGCGGCAAAAGCAAGCGAAAAGUUGUAAAACUAAAGUAUCUUGAUUCGAAGGGGAAAAUCGUGAAUGUACCAGUCAAUCAAAAAUCAAAUUGGCACAGGGAAACGAUGAACUCUUCUUCUAGUCAAGGUUGGACAUCGUGGCCAGUUGGCCAUACCAGUCUUGAAGAAGAUAGGCCAAAUCAUCCAAAGAUUAUAAUCCAAGGGUACAGCAACAGGCCUAAGUGUUCCAGGAGGUUUUCCGACGUUUGUGAGUGCGAAAAAUUUCCACAAUUACGUGCCUCAGUCUUGAAGGCCGAAGAGAUCUCAAAACGACGAGCGCAAAGCUUUGCUAGACGAAACUACACAACAAUAUCUGUUUUUCAUUUAUUAAAGCACGAUGAAACUGCUUCAAAAAAGCAAAUUGAGCUAGAACGUGGCAAAAUAGAAAACGAAUCAAAAGACUUUCCCCAUCAUAAACGGACAUGGAGUCAGAAAUCGGAUGCACAUAAAAGGUUUCAUGAAUUUUACCCAGAUGUUAUUCCAGAUUUGCGAGAUUCUAGACGAAAUGUUAGACGCGUACUGUUUUCUGGAUAUCCGUCGCACGUUUUCAGAUAAACAGUAAGCAUGUAGUAAUGAGUUAGUGUUGUUUGAUUCGUCAUUUUCGUGGCCCUGUGUCGGUUGCAAGUUGUAAGUUAACGGAUGAUAGAAUGUCAGAAUAAAAAUUUCUA